GGGGCGGCCCGCGGCCCAGCUCCGCCCCGGCCGCGCAGGGCCGCGCUGCGGCGGGCGGGCGGGAAGAUGGCGGCGGCGGGCGGGGGGGGCUCCGCGGUGUCGGUGCUGGCCCCCAGCGGGCGGCGGGUCACGGUGCGGGUGGGGCCCGGCACGGCGCUGCUGCAGAUCCUCGAGGAGGUCUGCAGGAAGCAGGGCGCCAGCCCCGACGAGUACGGCCUCAAGUUUCAGAGGAGUAUGUUGGAUCUCUCUCUGCAGUGGAGAUUUGCCAAGCUGCCCAACAAUGCCAAGCUGGAGAUGGUGCCAGUCUCUUGUAACAGAGUGGGAAUGGGAAACAUGGUUCGGAUUGCAUUACAUUUAGAUGAUGGCUCCCGUUUACAGGACACCUUUCUUUGUCAACAGACUUUGUGGGAGCUUCUCAACCAUUUUGCAGAGACCAGGGAGUUUAUGGAACAGCAUGGUGAAUUCUCCCCAGUCUGUAUUUACAUGCGAGAUGAGAUACCAGGAAAAGAUGCCCUAGGGAAGACGACACUGAAGUCACUUGGCCUGACUGGGGGCAGUGCCAUCAUCAGGGUUGUCAUGAAGAAAUGCAGUCCGUCUGGUCAGGAGAAGGCUGUGGAUGCCAUGGCCCAAUGUAAUGAGCUGACAGUGAGGGCAGGCUCCACUGAAGAAGCAGUAGAUGUGCCCCUUACUCAAACACACACAUUCCCAGAGGACUUGGACCGCAGUGAUGUGGCCUUGUCUGUACACAGCUGCACAAACAAGCAAGACUUCAUUGGAGAAUCCCAUGCCAGCUUGGAGGAGCUGCGGGCUCCCUCAGAGCACGAGUCUGCCCCAUUUGUCCCUUUUUCUGGAGACGGACAGCGUCUGGGGGACUCUCCUGUGGCUGCAGCAUCUCCUGGAUUAGACAUGCCAUCUUCAAAGCUGCCAAUAUCUUCCUCCAGCCCUGGAGGCCCUUCUAAGCCAAAGAAGUCUAAGAACAGCCAAGAACUGCUAAAGGAGCAAGAGCAGUUUUUAGAACGAGAGCCACUUGUAUGUCAUCUAGACCUACUAGAACCGCUUCCUGCUGGCCCAGAAGACCUUCCUGAUGAGUUUUUUGAAGUCACAGUGGAUGACGUACGGAAACGUUUGGCGCAGCUGCAGAGCGAGAGGAAACGCCUGGAAGAAGCUCCACUGAUGACAAAAUCUUUGAGGGAGGCUCAGCUGAAGGAAAAGUUAGAACGUUACCCGAAGGUGGUGUUGAGAGUACACUUCCCAGACCGUCAUGUUCUACAAGGGUUCUUCCGUCCUGGUGAAACUGUUGGCACUUUGAGAGACUUUGUAAGAAGCCACCUCGCAGAUGCAGAUUUGCCAUUCUACUUGUUUGUUGCACCUCCCAGAGUCAUCUUGAAUGAUGAAAGUUUGACGCUCUUUGAGGCUAAACUCUUUCCAGCUGCUGUCAUUCAUUUUGGAUCUGAGGAGUGCAGGGAUUGUUACCUGAAGUCGGACCUGCUGCACUCUGCAGUUUCCCCUUCUGCAGCUGAUUUAUUAAUAGCCAGAUGUUUGUGCAAAUCAGUAGUUCCUUCUGCUUCAUCAUCUUUAGAAUCAACAGUUCCAUCCCUAGCUGAACCUGAAAGGGGAAGUGACAAAAAGACUGAGCAACCAGAACCAGCAAGAGUACGUGAAGCUCCGCAGCUGAUGACUCGGGCCCCUGGGAAGAUACCCAAAUGGCUGAAGCUGCCAGGUGGGAAGAGAUGAAACAUUCUCAGCUGCUGGAUUAGUGUAUCAGUCAGCUGUGCUUCUUUCCUGAUGAAGUACUUCCGAAUUUGUAAGAAACUGUUGGUGGCACUGGAGAGACCUAAUCUAUAUGAACAUGAGUUAUAAAUAGAAAAUUGUUAUUUGAACUGCCAAUUUCACCUUUUGGAAGAGUGGGAGGCCUGCCUUGUGGUCCUCCUGACUACAGAAGCAGGGUCAGAGGUUAAAGUUAAGAUUUCUUGCAUGCAGAUAAUAUGAAUAGAGAAUUGAGGGGAAAUAUUUCCUAGUUACUCUCUGUCAAGAACUUUGCUUCUUUCCAUAUUUUGAAAUUCAAAUCUUCCUGGUUCUACCUUCAGAGAUAACUUGAGAUAGUCUAGCUGCCUGAAUUCUAGCAACAAGAUACAAUUUGAUUCAGUUUUACCUGAAGUUAAGUGCUGCCUAAAACAAGAAUUCUCUUUGAUUUUUGCUGGUUAGGGUUAGUGCUCCUGUAAUUCUGGGCAUAGAUUGCUGGAAAGUGGGGGAAGAAGGCACAUUUAGGUCAUUCAUAACAGUUUAAGUAGGCUUUUCCUGUGAACCUCUUGGUUUGCUGCACUUACCUACUUUCAUUUGACAGAAUCUUGUUAAAAAAGAACACAGGUACCUGUUAACAGAAUGCACGUGGAGUUUUUUAUGCCUCAAGCUCUGUGUUUUGUUUUCAUUACACAUAAUUAACAUUAUUAAUUACUGUUCUAAUAAGUAGAAAACAUCCAGUGAAAGGGUCUGUUCGUGUGACUUUCCAUCUUACUGACUUCUUCUGUGGUCUGAGUGUUUCCACAGCAGAGCAGUGGUUUUCUGCAGUGCAAUUAGUGUAGGGAGGGGAGCACUAGUCCAGAUCUCUGUCUCUUGAGAUGUACGGAGAUGAAUGUUAUUGUUUAGGACUGUGUCUGCCCUAGAGAUGAGCUCUACAGUGCCACAGUGGCUGUGGUGCUGUAUUUUAUUUGAAGUCUCCUCCAUGAAUCAGUGAUUCAUAUUGGACAAUUAGGGUUCCAUGUUAUGAUAAUAAGACUUAGAAUUUGUUUUCUGUUUUCCCCAUGUAGACACUUUUUCCCUAAACUAUGUGUGCACCUGCACAAUUUGUAGAUGUAAUAAAGCAGAGCAGCCAUAGGAGGCCUUUUUGUCAGUCUCUGAUAAUGCUUUCCUUCCCCAAUGCUAUUUUUGUGUCAGUUCACAGGAACCUGCUCUCUGUUCAUUGGGCCUGUCAUGCCUCAUUCCUUCCCCCCAUUUUUUUUAAACAAAGUAAAACAGAGCUUUGUACCAUCUGAAUGAACUUCAAAGUGGCUAGAAAGGGCACUCAGGGUUCCUGGCACUUGUCAUUGUCUCGCAGCCCGGCCAGCAUUUCCCUUCAGGUCUAAUUACUUCCAAAUGUUCCCAGAUGCUUUGAAGAAACUCAGAGGGAGGGGGAGGCAUGAAAGAAAGGUGGAAGAAGAAAAAGGAAACUCAGACUCAAAGUGGAGGGAACAGAAUGCUGUAGCAAAAAAACAUGAUUGAUUUCUUACAUGACACCCAAACAUGAACAGACAGGGAAUGUGUGCAGGCACUGGCAGUGGAGAAUGCAAGAGCACUGUGUACAGCUGCUGCUCUAAAUAAUCCUUUCUAUGGAAAUCAAGCCUUCCUGGAACGUGACAGACUGUCUAUGAAAGACAUACUAUAGCAAAAUGAAGAAGAUUAAAGGAAUGCUUAAAGCUUAUUACCUCAGUGGAUUAAGUGUUGGCUAAGCCUACCCUCCAGAGUACUAUCUGCAUCUUGGUUCAGGUGCUAUGUCAGGCUUAUUUAUCUCAGGGAAGCCAGAAGUAGACUGUGGUUAGGACUGCUUUGCUGAAUUUGUGCAGGAUGUAUUUGUGGCCAAGAAAUAGCCAGAGCUGAUGAUAAGUGAUUAUAUACUCCCACUAGUGCUGCUUGAUAUACUGGGUUAGAAUAAAAAGUAGUAGUCUGGUUGGUAGGAAGUUGUUCUACACCUUCAGAUGUAUUAGUCUUGUUCUUUGAAGACCCCAGGCAACAUCAAAUACUACUGAUUGGCUUAGCUAUUCUGAUUCCAACAGUGGUGAUAGAGAACUAGCGCCAUAACUACCUGCAAAGACCUGGUAUGAGCAAACAGAAGGAAAAAUUUAGGGACACAAAUAACAAUAACAUUAUUACUGGAGCAAUUUCACUGGUUAAGUACAGGGCUGAGGAGAGGAGACUAACGUCUGGUCCCUCAGGACCUAACUGCUGCUUACAGAAGCAGUUAGGUGUGACUCCACCCAGCAGAGAGACACUAAUAAAUUUUGGCACAGUUUCUUUUUAGCUGUGGCUGGAUAUGAGCAGCAGCUGCAGGAAAAAUGUUGGGUUUAAUUGGAUCCCCAGAUUGAACUUUCUAACGAUUUUAAAAUCAAGAUACAACCGGUUUCUCCAAUUAUACUCUAAUGGGCUGGGCUGGUGGGAUGAUGUUUCUGGUGAAGAGGUAACAUCUUGCCUCUGAGUUCUGCAGCCAACUUCAUACUGUUGUGUGUUUUGCGUAAGUCAGUUCUGCCCAGGCGUGUCCCUUGCGUAACACAGUAAAGCAUCAAACCCACUGUAAGCUACUCCUGUUUCAGUAGGAUGGAAAAUUGGUACCUUUGACAGCUACACCAGAGGUCUUAUUCCCCUUCCCCUAUGCAAAGAAGAGUUAGUUUUAACUGCUGCUGUUAAAAUAGCACUCUACCACUAACAUUUACAUCUGCAGUCACCUUCAGGCAAGAAAGCUGGUGUGUGGACCAAGUAUGUCAGGUAAGUGAACUCAUGCCUUUUUAGGGCAGCAGCAUUGACUGAGCUGUGUCACUAGGAGACAGAAGGGAUGGGGAGGGUGAGAAUUUGAAAGCUGGAUAAGGCGAGAAAGGAGUGGAUUCUUUGAAAAGAGAGGGAAGAUGCCCUGAUAUUUAAAACUGCAGGCUUCUCACUAAGGAAGCUGCUACAAGGAUUACUACCCUGCCACCGAACUAUAUACACAGAUAUGUGAUAAGCUGGAUUUGCUUCAAUCUUACUUCUGCUACAGUAGCUGAACUCAUCCCUUGGGUUGUAGUUGGGCAUUCAGAGAUAGUACUACCUGUAUUUUUUGCUACUGCCAAUUAUACCACUAUGGUUGUGGGGCUGAAUGCUGAACUUGGUUUGUUCUUUCAUUGGUUUCAUUGUACAACUGCACAGUUGUCUUGACAAACAUGCUGCAGUGUAGAGGGAUGGGGGACUGCUUAAGCUGGUACUGUCACCAAGCAGAAUGUACAUUAAAUUGUGGUUUUAGUUGAAGUUUCCAAGGGGCUGGUGCCCUGACUAAGGACUUUGAUAGCUCUUGGCUGAAAGAGUACAGUGACCUACUGAGCCUUUGCCUACUACAGUUAUCAAUUGGAGAAGAAAAAAACAAAACUAUUACUAAUCAUAAAGACUUCAAAUAGCUAGCAACACACAACAUGCAAUCUUUAAGACACGCUGGUGUCAGCUGCUUUUCCUGUAGCAAGCUGUGUAUUUUCUAACAAAGCCAGUUCAGUUGUGUGGUUCCUGCCUACAUGUGUAAGGUUUCUUGUUUCACAGUUCCCCCACCCCACUGGCUGAGGGGCCAGCCUGUCCCAUGAUGUGGGAUUCUCACACAUGCUGUUUGUUAUUCUGUCCUUUUUCCUUUCGUCCUACAAAGAUUUAGAAAAGAGGGUGUGUGUGGGGGGGGGGGGGGGGGGGGGAACUGCAAGUCUUUGAAGCAACUUGACUUUUGAUGAUUAAUUGCAGCAAAGAGCCUGCAAAAGGGAAGGAGACUUGGCUUUGAUUUAUUGAUGUUUCUUUGUGAGAACAAAUUUAGAGCAGAGGGAAGCAGCUUCUGAGGAGAAUAUCAAAUAGUUAAAAGGUUCCAAGCAUUCUUUGAUGUCGCAGCCCUGAAGAAAUACUGGAAGGUAUUGAUGAACAGACACUGUUUAUUUAUAAAAUAAAGAUCAGAUACCUGCUUUUGGCAA